GUGGGACUAUGGAGGAGAGAGCUUCCGAUGUUGAUGAACACUAAUCCUGCAGACAAAGCACAACUAAUGCAAAUGAGUAUGAUACGACCUCGGUUGCACAUCAUAGUGUCUGCCGGAAUGUGACUUGAACUGCAAUACCAACUACAAAAUUGAGAGAGUCCUCGGUAUGACUAGUGACUAUCAUCGGCACAUCCCCCGCACCACCGAAGUCUUCCCCAUGAUGAAGAAUAAAGUCUGAUACAUUUUAUAUAAGUAGGCAAAUAUUCAUUUGCAAACCGUCGAUCAUAAUGGACGUCCACGGGCAUUGUGACCCCAAGUUCGAUAGAGUUAGACAGCUCCUGCAGCGUAACAUAUCCUCUGGAGAGGAAAUCGGGGCUUCAAUUUGCGUUAAUGUGGCCGGGACCAAUGUGCUCGACAUUUGGGGCGGUUUUAAAGACGCGAAUUGCUCACAACCGUGGGAGGAAGAUACAUUGGUACUUGUUUGGUCAACAACAAAAUGUCUUACAAACUUUGCUGCGUUGAUUCUGGUUGAUCGCGGCCUCCUUGAUCCAUAUGAAAAAGUAGCCACAUACUGGCCAGAGUUUGCAGCAAAUGGUAAAGAGAAUGUUGAGGUACGCCACUUUAUGAGCCAUAACGCUGGCCUUCCUGCAUGGGAAGAGCCGAUAACUUUGGAGGAGCUGUACGAUAUUUCUAAGGGAGCGGCAAUCCUUGCGCAACAAAAGCCUUGGUGGACUCCCGGAACUGCCUCCGGGUAUCAUGCCAUCACGCAAGGUCACUUAAUUGGUGAAUUAGUUAAACGCAUUACUGGAAAGUCUCUGCGACAAUUCAUUGAAGAGGAAAUCACCGGUCCGCUAAACGCCGAUUUUCACAUCGGCGCCCCGCAAGAGGACUGGGGACGCAUCGCUGAGCUCUAUAUCCCGCCUCAGACACCUUUGCAUAAUACUCAAUCUCAGUUAGACCCGGAAAGCAUUGCAGCAAGAGCACUGGCGACACAAUAUUUCAAGGAUGGAGCUACCACAACAGCCGAGUUUCGGAAUGCCGAGCUAGGAGCUUGCAAUGGGUUCGCCAAUGCACGUUCGGUGGCACGUAGUCUUUGUCCUAUAUCGAUGGGUGGAACCGUCGAUGGAAAGACUUUUCUUUCUCCCAAAACAUUGAAUAUGAUUUUUUACGAACAGUCACAUGUCAAGGACCUCGUUCUUCUCAACCACAUUAGAUGGGGCAUCGGGUUCGCCUUACCUAGCAAGUUAAGUAGCAAGCCAUGGAUACCACAGGGUCGCGUCUGCUACUGGGGUGGUUACGGUGGUUCCAUUAUUAUUAUGGACCUUGACCGCAAGUUAACCAUUGCAUACGCUAUGAACAAGCUAGGAUUUGGUACUCAGGGCACUGCAAGGACGGAGGAAUAUGUGACCGCUAUAUGUAAGGCAAUUGACAGUUAACGUUUGAGGUAAUCAGUUGAUCAACUUUAAAUAUACAUAUGUAUAUAUGCCAAGUGAUACUUGUACAUAUGUAGUUGAUGGAAUAUGA